AAAUCGAAUAAAUGCACUGGAAACACAGCCAGCCAUGUUUAGCCGUUGUUGUUGUUGUUGUUGUUACUAUUAUGAUUGUGAAAUGUUAUAGUAGUGAGCAAAAAAGGAGUGAGUAACCAAAACGAAUUUGCAAAAAAGGGCAGAGAGUGGACUGUGGAAAAGCAAUGCAAAUUUUGUGGAUGUAAGCAAUCAUAAAGCACAUAAAAUCAUCACAAGCACACGCACAAUUAAUAUUAAAACGGAUUUUGUUCGUUUCCAUUUGAUAUCAAAUCGAAUUGGUGUUUUCAUUUGUUUCGAUACCUUUUUCUUUUUUCAACUAUUAUUAUUUACAUGUUAUUCGAGAGUGGUGAACAACAAGGCACAAAGUAAAGCAAAGAAUAAUCUUGUGGUGAAGGGAAUGUGUCUGUGUGCGCAAAAACACGAUCUUGUUAGGUGUUGUAUGUGCAUUCAUCGCCCACUUGCUACUUAAUAAAGACAGAAAAAAAGCGAAAAUAACAAAACUAAAUAUAUAUAAAUAAAUAAAUGAAGAAAAAUCAAAUAUAGAUGAAAAGCAAACAAAAGGAAUUAGCGAAAGUGGUUGCGUUUCGCAUUUAUACGACAUACUAUAUUGGAUUUGUUUGUGUCAUUCUUGUUCACUUGUUUGCACCGUGUUUUGGAUCUGGCACCAAGAUUUCAUAAAUGACCAAUAAAGUGAAGAAGCAACAAAACAAAAGCCGAUUUUCUUCAAUUUGGUGUGUGUGACGACAACAAGAAUUCGAUAAACAAUAAACCAUAUAUAUUGGACGUGACAAAAGUUGCAUGUGUUUGCUGUAUCCUCAUUAUAUUCACAUAAUUUAAAUCAGAUAUACCUGUAUGGCAUUCAAUUAAAAUAUGUGUGAUUUGGUUUAUACGUCUCUGCCGCUCAUUUUCUUGUGUUUCAAUUAAGCUGUGAAUUCAUGUUUGUGCAUGUUUUAUGAUUGAUAUUUAGUGUUUAUCAAUUGCACGUUGAGACAACUGCGGAAAAAAAUAACGACGACGACGACGACGACGACGAGUACCGAUAACAUUGUUUUUUCUUUUUACUAAAAUGCAUAUACAUUUGUUUUUUAUCGAGUGAAUUUAAUGUUGUACAAAUGUACGAAAUACAAAACCGUACACGCUGACUCAUCCUUCUUCUGUAUCGUUGUUUGCGAAUAAAGCAUUCCGUAUCAAAGGUUCAACUUCUUAUCAAAAGCAGCGGACAUUUGAAAAUAGAUAAAAUAAAAUAAACGAUAAAAAAAGGCAGUAUUAUUAUAAUAAAUUCCAUAAAAAUAAACAAAGAACUAUGCCAUAUUUUUUCUACAAAUUUAUCUGUGAGUACUGGUGAUUGUUAUUAAUUUAAUUCUAUCGACUAUGGAUCAGUGGCACAUUGUGCAAUGUGUCUUAUGGUCAUUGUCAUCCAUUUAAAUAUAAUUAAAUUUUAAAACGAGAAAAGGAAACGAUCAUACUCAGUGCUUUUACAUUUUGGUGCUUUAACUGCAGCUUUUUUAAAUAAAUAAAAUCAUCAAACACCAACAUCAUCAUUUAUUCGUCUUCAUUUUGUCAUUUCGAAUAAAUAAAACUCCUGUUUACGAAAAUACAGUCGGGACCGUGUUUCGGGUCUAUGUCGUGAACCAUGAAAGGGUUCCUAAAUUUAUUGUUGUUUAUAACAAUAUUCAAGUUUGUAAGCAACAGUAACACCGGCAGGACACGAAUUAUCGAAGCCAGUGAUGCAAACAAUAGCAUCGAAAGCAUUUAUACCAGUUUCAACAAUAGCAUCAAUAGCAUUAGCAAUAAUACGAUUACGCAUAAAACUGAAUUUGACACCGACUUGAAUCAUUUAGUGGUUGAUCGAAACACUGGAAGAGUGUUCAUUGGAGGUCGAAAUCGUUUGUAUCAAUUAUCUCCCGACUUGGAAAUUGUAGCUAAUGCAAAAACAGGCCCACGAAAUGAUUCCAAAGAAUGUAGUUUCAACGAAUGCACACAGAAUCUAACGCGCAAACUAACCGACAAUAUAAAUAAGGUUUUAUUAAUCGACUACAGUACGAGCCGACUGAUUACUUGCGGUUCACUCUUCCAAGGCAUUUGUUCGGUGAGAAGUUUGCAAAAUAUUUCAUCACCCGAACAAGAUGUCGUCGAAGCAAUUGUUGCCAACAGUGAAAAUGCAUCAACAGUUGCAUUUAUAGCGCCCGGUCCACCGGCACCGCCUGUCACAAAUGUAAUGUACGUUGGUGUAACGUUUGCUGGAAAUUCACUGUAUCGCAGCGAAAUUCCAGCUGUUGCAUCGCGUAGCUUGGAAAAGAGUCGCAUGUUCCAAUUGGCAUCGUCGGCUGUAACAACUGGUACGCGAAUGUUCAUCAAUCCAAAUUCACGUGAAUCAUAUCCUGUUAAUUAUGUGUAUGGCUUUAGUUCUGAGCGUUUUUCAUAUUUCAUGACCACACAAUUGAAACACAAUGCGCCCAGUGUGACAAAAGAAUAUAUCACAAAAUUGGUUCGCAUAUGUCAAGAAGAUUCGCAUUACUAUUCGUAUACAGAAAUUCCGGUCGAUUGCAUUGGCGAAGGGAUAAAAUAUAAUUUGGUUCAGGCAGCAUAUUUGGGCAAACCGGGAGCCGAUUUGGCCGAAAAUCUUGGAAUUACACCACAAGAUGAUGUUUUGUAUGCCGUCUUUUCCGAAGGCAAAGAUAAUGUACCAUCAAAUAAAUCAGCACUUUGUGUGUAUUCGUUGAAAUCAAUUCGACGUAAAUUCAUGCAAAAUAUUAAAUCAUGUUUCAAUGGUCAUGGUUCACGCGGUUUAGAUUUCAUUUUACCGAAUAUGCCAUGCGUAUCGACCAAAUUGCAAACAAUCAGCGAAGAUUUUUGUGGCCUAGAUGUUAACUAUCCGUUGGGCGGUGAACAGGCUAUUGCUGCAGUACCUGUUGCAACUUUUGAUAAACAAUUGACGGCCGUUGCCGCAGCCCGAACCAGUGGAUUUACAGUUGUAUUCGUUGGCACGGUUGAUGGUCAUGUGAAAAAGGUUGUAGUCGAAUCAGGCACAUCGGCCAUCGAAUAUGCUGACAUUAAAAUCCAUGAAAAUUCGGCCGUUAAUGCUGAUAUGCAUUUUGAUCUACAAGAAUUGAAUCUGUAUGUGAUGACAAAGAAUCGGGUGACAAAAGUUAAAGUCUACGAUUGUACGGUUUUCUCAAAUUGUGCCGAAUGCUUGGGAGCCAAAGAUCCAUACUGUGGAUGGUGUUCACUGGAAAAUAAAUGUAGUCUUCGAUCAAGCUGCGAAGAUAACUCAAAUGAUCCACUAUUCUGGGUGACAUACAAAACCGGUAAAUGUACGACAAUCACAAGCGUCGUACCUCAUCAACUUCAAAGAACUACCGCACGAACGCUUGAAUUGACAAUCGACCACUUGCCGCAGCUAAAAGAAAGCCUGGUGUGCGCAUUUACUACAACCGAUAAACCAACCAUUUAUACAAACGCAACAAGAAAACGAAAUGGUGUCAAUUGCACAACUCCUCGUACCGAUCUUCUUCCACAAAUUGCCCCCGGCAAACAUCAUUUCACUGCCAAAUUGUCUGUGCGCACAAUGAAUGGACCCGAUUUGGUUUCCACAUCGUUUACAUUCUUCGAUUGUUCAACACAUUUAUCAUGCACACAAUGCGUAUCGUCACAAUUUCCGUGUGAUUGGUGUGUUGAAGCGCAUCGCUGUACCCACGAUACGGCCGAGAAUUGCCGAAAUGAUAUUUUAGUGACCGGCGUUAGUAGAAUUGGGCCAAGCUAUCGAUCGGGUCCCAGUUUUUGUCCAACAAUCAAUGCAACCGGCGAUGGAAGCGAAAUUUUGGUAGCGUCUGGUGCAAAAAAAUCCAUCAAAGUUAAAGUGCAUAUCAUUGGACAGUUUAUUGUUCAAACACGGUUCGUGUGUCAGUUCAAUAUUGAAGGGCGUGUAACGAGUGUGAAUGCACAAUUGUUGGGCGAUACCAUCUACUGUGAUGCCAUGGAAUUUGUUUAUACAUCAAAGUCGCCCAAUUUAACAGCAACGUUUGCCGUUAUAUGGGGCGGUUCGAAACCACUCGACAAUCCAGAUAACAUUCACGUGGUGAUUUAUCGAUGUCGUGACAUGUGUGACAGUUGUGGAACAUGUUUAGCAUUGCCUGAAAAAUAUAAUUGUGGUUGGUGUCAAUCGACGUCAACGUGUGAGGUUGCCGAUCAAUGUUCGAUGCACGAUGAAAAGAAAAAUGAUUGGCUCAAUCGAUCGCAAACAUGCCCGAAUCCGAAAAUCUACUCAUUCAGUCCGGCAACCGGUCCAUAUGAAGGUGGCACAAAUGUAACGAUACGUGGCAUAAAUUUGGGCAAAAAUUUCCUUGACAUUUAUUCGGGCGUUAAAGUGGCCGGAAUGAGUUGUAUGCCAUUCCAGAAUUUAUAUGUGGAUACAAAGAAAAUUGUUUGCACCGUCGAUGGGCCCGGCGAUUUUAAAAAUCGUCAAGGAAAAAUUGUCGUUCAAAUUGGUGACUAUCGCGGUGAAUCAACAACUGAUUUUCAAUUUGUUGAUCCGUCAAUCGAUGAUUUUAAUCCAAAAUCGGGACCAGUAUCCGGUGGUACACAAGUUACAAUCACUGGCAACUAUUUGAAUGCAGGCAGUUUGAUAAAAGCGUACAUCGGUGAUAUGCCGUGCGUGAUAUUGAGCGUGGAUGAAAAUCAAGCAUUGUGCCGAACGAGCUUAUCGCCCGAAAAACGAACGGGAAAAUUGCGAAUGGAAUUCGAUCGGGCCACACGCGAAUGUGAUGCUGGACUAUAUCAAUUUGAAGAUGAUCCAACAAUCAUUUCGGCCGCUUCAGGUUCAACGAGCCAAAAGACACCGAAAGGUAUUCCGGCCGGUGGCAUUAAGGUCUAUGUGCAUGGAAACAAUUUGAAAAUUAUACAAAAACCACAAAUGUACGUGUAUUACGAUGAUAAAACAUUUGUUUCGCAUUGUACGGCAAUGAGCAAUACGGAAAUGGAGUGUGAUUCACCGGUUAUUGACGAGGAUAGUGAUAAAUUGAAUGCUGAUGAACCAGCCAAAUUGGAAUUUGGAUUUAUGAUGGAUGAUGUGGCUAGUGUGCAAAAUCUCUCGAGCAAAGGGCAUCAAAAGUUUGAACUGUAUCCAAAUCCUUGGUAUGCCAAAUUCGAAGAGGAAGUGAAGUACUUUAAGAGCGAAUAUUUGACAAUCAAUGGACGGAAUUUAGAUCGUGCCAGCAAAGAAACUGAUGUCGUUGUACUGAUCGGAGAAGGUGUAUGCAAUAUAACAUCACUUUCACGACAACAACUAACAUGCCGACCACCAACCGAUGUUUCAGAUUCCAAUGAAAAUCCAAAAGUUUUAGUGAAGGUUGGCCAAUCGCUAUCAUUUGAUAUUGGUGUUCUCAGUUUUGCUUCUCCAACUUUUAUGCAUGGUCUCAGUAAAAAUGCUAUGGUUGGCGGCAUCACAAGCAUUGUAAUUCUGUUGUUGGUGUUUAUCAGUUUGGUGAUUGCAUAUCGAAAGAAAACGAGUGAAAGUAAUCGCGUUUUGAAAAAUAUGCAAGAACAAAUGGAUAUACUGGAAUUACAAGUGGCCGCCGAAUGUAAAGAGGCAUUUGCUGAAUUGCAAACGGAAAUGGGUGAUAUGACUGGUGAUUUGACGAGUGGCGGAAUACCAUUCUUAGAUUAUCGAACGUAUGCCAUGAAAAUUCUAUUUCCAAACAACGAAGAUCACGUAGUAUUGCAAUGGGAACGUCCGGAACUAUUGAAAAAAGAGAAAGGACUUCGUCUCUUUGGCCAAUUGAUAAUGAAUAAAACAUUUUUAUUGUUGUUCAUUCGAACAUUGGAGAGUAAUCGAUAUUUUUCAAUGCGAGAACGUGUGAAUGUUGCAUCCCUCAUAAUGGUUACACUGCAAAGUAAAUUAGAAUAUUGCACGGACAUACUGAAAACGCUUUUAGCCGAAUUAAUUGAAAAGUGUAUCGAUGGCAAGAGUCAUCCGAAACUAUUAUUGCGACGAACUGAAAGCGUGGCCGAAAAAAUGUUAAGCGCAUGGUUUACAUUUUUGUUGCAUAAAUUUUUGCGUGAAUGUGCCGGCGAACCAUUGUACAUGCUGUUCCGAGCGGUAAAAGGGCAAAUGGAUAAAGGUCCGGUGGAUGCAAUAACGCACGAAGCUCGAUAUUCGCUCAGCGAAGAGAAAUUAAUUCGUCAAUUGAUCGAUUUUAAAUGUAUGACUGUCUAUGCAAGCAUAACACAGCAGCCAAUUUUAUGCACAAAUAAUAUUGAAAUGAUGCCAACAAAUACGGAAAAUGUUGCUGUUCGCGUUUUGGACUGUGAUACAAUUGGUCAAGUCAAAGAGAAAUGCUUAGAGACAAUUUACCGUAAUACACCAUGGAGCCAACGGCCACGACGUGACGAUUUGGAUUUGGAAUGGCGAACCGGUGCAUCGGGUCGGGUCAUUUUAUAUGAUGAAGAUUCCACAUCAAAAAUGGACAGUGAAUGGAAAAAAUUGAAUACACUACACCAUUAUCGGGUACCAGAUGGGGCAUGUCUGAGCUUAGUAUCACGACAAAGUCCCAUUUACAAUUUAUCCAUGCUAUCGGAUAAAAAUGACAAAUCACAUAAAUACGAAACGUUAAAUCUAUCAAAAUAUCCGUCAUCAAGUCCACCGUUCAGUCGAGCUGGUAGCCCACUUAAUGCCGAUGUACAAGAGAAUGGUUUACGUUAUUGGCAUUUGGUGAAGCAUCAUGAUAUUGACUUGCAAAAAGAAGGCGAACGCGUCAAUAAAAUGGUGUCCGAAAUUUAUUUGACACGUUUGUUGGCCACCAAGGGUACGUUGCAAAAAUUCGUAGACGAUUUAUUCGAAACUAUAUUCAGUACGGCUCAUCGAGGUUCGGCACUGCCAUUAGCUAUAAAAUAUAUGUUUGAUUUCCUGGAUGAUCAAGCAUUAUUACACGGUAUUACUGAUCCAGAGGUUGUGCACACAUGGAAAAGCAAUAGUUUACCAUUAAGAUUUUGGGUUAAUUUAAUAAAAAAUCCAAAUUUCGUUUUUGACAUACAUAAAUCGAAUAUUGUCGAUUCAUGUCUAUCGGUCGUUGCUCAAACAUUUAUGGAUUCAUGUUCGACAUCGGAUCAUCGUUUAGGUAAAGAUUCACCGAGUUCAAAAUUAUUGUACGCUAAAGACAUUCCAUCGUAUCGUCAAUGGGUUGAACGAUACUACACUGAUAUUCGAGAGAUGCCAGCAAUCAGUGAUCAGGAUAUGGCUGCAAUGCUUAACGAAGAGUCACGUUUGCACACAACUGAAUUUAAUACGAAUUGUGCCCUCCACGAACUCUACACUUAUGCUGUGAAAUACAACGAGCAACUAACUGUUACGCUAGAAGAGGAUGAAUUUUCGCAAAAACAACGUCUCGCCUACAAAUUGGAACAGGUUCAUAAUAUCAUGUCGUCUGAAUAGUGCAACAUCAGAUGGCAGGAAGUAGUAACAACGCAAACCGUUUUUGAAUACGGUCAACGCAUCAUGCAUGACAUUUCGUUGCCAGAGACGAUAGUAUAAAAAAAAACAGUGGAAACAAAUUUAUUAAAUGAAUUAAUUGUAAAAUAUUAAUUUAAAACAAUGAAGAAAACAUGUGAAUGUAAAACACAAUGAAUGAAAUGAAAAGUCUAUUUGCAUGGAAUUUUCCCAUUCCAAAAACAAUGUGAAAGUAAAAGAAAAAAACAAAAAUGAAGAGAAGAGAAAAACUCGAAACAUAUUCCGCAUUUAUUUGUGUUUACUACGUUUCUAGAUUUAAUAUUUCUAAUUUCAUUCUUUUUUAAGGAAAUGUUUUGUUUUUCUCAUUUUAAUUAGUUUAGAUAAUGAACAAACAAACAACAAAAGAGAAAAUGAAAUGAUUGAAUAGAACCACUCGAUAUAUGAAUAUUAUAUACAUAAAUCAAUAAUGAAACAACAAAAAUUGUAUAGAAAAUAAUUUUUUACAAUAAUUAUAUAGUUUAAUAUGUGUAUUGUGUAUGCUUUAUAAAAUGAAAAACUAAUGUUUGAAUCAAUGAACUAAACAAAGGAAAAACAACACACCGAAAUGAAAAAUAAAAGAGAGAAAGAGAGAGAAUAAAAACUCAAAGCCAGAAAAAUGGAAAAAACAAACAUGAGCUACUUUAUCAGUUUUAUGUAAAUGUUUAUUGUGGUCAAUGAUUGUGUAAAUUUUUAAGUGAAGUGCGGAGGAUGCGUAUUCGAUAAAUCCACAGACACACACAGAAUUAGUGAAUUUGAUAAAAAAAAAACAAAAACAAUAAACAAAUAUGCGCAGGGGAGCAACGCUCAAUCCAAGCAGCUCCUUGCUACAUCAAUGAAAUAAUACAAGCACAAGUAUGUGACACACACACACACACAUCCACUCAAAACAAAACCCUUAAAGCUUUUAAUCAAAUUAUAAUUAUUGGAAAGCGCAUCGAAAUAAAACAGAAAGACAAGAUUGUUGAAAUACUCGAGAGAACGUCAUUGUUGCUAUGUAAUGUGACGUGCCUAAAUAAAACUAUAAAUAUACACGAGAAAUGGGACAAAAUAAUAAUUAAAAACAAAAAAAAAAAACAAAUAAAUAAGAAUAUUGUGGAUUUAUUGUAUGUUGUAACGUAAUUUAUAUGUAUUGGAACAAAAGUAAAAAAAAAAUGAAAACCAAAAUAAUAAAUUAAAAAUUGUAUGUUUUGAUGUGUUGAUCAAUCGAUCCAAGCUAUUUGUUGGAAAUACAAUAUAAAAGUAAUCAUCAAACAUUGUGCUAUCAAUAUCAAUUUCAAUAUAAAGCAAAACAAUUCAGAAGAAAACAUUAACUCAACCUGAUUGAAACAGGCAACGUGUGCAAUUUUAUAAUGGAGAAAAGGCAACAGAAGAAAACUUAUAUGUUUAUGUAAUGAAUGCAUCAAAUCCAAAAUUUAUCGUGUUCCAUUUUGUAUGUUUUGAAGAAAAAUACAUUUUUUUUACUCAUAUUUUUCUCUUUAUCACAUUUUCUCUAAUUUUGAUAUUUGUCGAUAAAUGUGAACACGAUUUACGUGAUUCCUUCGCUUAUUUUUAUAUUCAUUUCCAAAAUGUAUUUUUUAAAAAAGAAAACGUAAGAAACAAUGUAUAAAAAACAACACAUACACACACACACACAAAGAAAACAAAACAACAAUUUGAAUGGUUGUCCGAGUAUUAUCAAAAAAAAAAAACGGAAAUUAAUUUAAAAAAGGAAUCGAUUCGUGUGUAAGGCCCAAAUUUUUUUUCCAAUUCUUUCCAAACAUCUAGCAAGACUGAUUAUAAAGUAACACUUAACGAACUCUUAUGUCCAUAAAUAAAUUUGAGUUUUGUUUUUUCCAUUAAUUUA